AUGAGACUAGCUCAACUCAAACAUACCCUCAAGUCCUGCUCCAGUCUCAGUUCCAGUCUUAGUCCCAGUCCCAUUCCCACUCCCAGUCCCAGUCUCAGUCCCAGUCCCAGUUCCAAUCCUAGUCCAAGUUCCAGUCACAGUCUAGUCCGAGUCAAUCCCAGUCGCAAUCUCACUCCCAGUUGCAGUCUCAAUCCCAGUUCCAGUCCCGGUCCCAGUUCCAGUUUCAAUUCCAGUCCCAGUUUCACUCCCAGUUGCAGUAUCAAAUCUAGCUCAAGUCUCAGCUCCAGUCUCAGUUCCAGUCUUAAUCCCAGUCCCAUUCCAACUCCCAGUCCUAGACUCAGUCCCAGUCCCAGUCGCAGUCUCAUUCCCAGUACCAAUCCUAGUCCGAGUUCCAGUCACAGUGCGCGCCUGGAAGAUCAGCAAGGCACGCGCCACCAAACCAAGCUGGCCAUUCGCACCUUCCACGUUAAACUGAAAGGGUUGCCCGACGCCACCGAUUCGCUUCGUCAGCACCGUGACGCUUUAUCAUCUAAUCGGAUCACCGCUCACCGCACCACCAGGCCACCUCAAGCCACCUUCGAAGCCGUCGUCCGCUACCACGUGCCAACGGCAAAACCUCCAAACCGUCAACGAAAUCGCCUCCGGCGGCCACACGCCAUCAACACGCUACACAGCCAGCAUCGUCGAAAAUCGCCACCGACCAUUGAAGCCGCCUGCCACCGCCCUCCAUCUCCACCUCCAUCUCCAACUCCGCCGUCGUCGCUGCCGCCAUCCGGUCUUCUGAGCCGCAGUACAAGGAAUUCUUUUUGCCACUAG